CAGGGCGGGGCGGGCCCGGCCCGUGAGUCAGCGGCUCCCCGAUCUAGCCCGGGAGGGGAUAGAGCUGGAGGAGCGGGGUGCGGGGUGCGUUGGGCUGGUGGGGAGGUCGCGUCUCGUGUGAGCGGGUCUGAUCCGGCUUGUGCUGCGCCGAAGGGACAGCCCUAGGUUUGGGGGUAGAGAAUCCCUGCCUGUGAGACCCGCCUUCCCUGGCCCGGGCCCCUCCCAGUUCCCCAGCGCCGACCGCUUCCUGGUCCCCGUCGCAACUAUGGCUGAAGAACAACCGCAGGUCGAAUUGUUCGUGAAGGCUGGCAGUGAUGGGGCCAAGAUUGGGAACUGCCCCUUCUCCCAGAGACUGUUCAUGGUACUCUGGCUCAAGGGAGUCACCUUCAACGUCACCACUGUUGACACCAAGAGGCGGACUGAGACAGUACAGAAGCUGUGCCCAGGAGGGCAGCUCCCAUUCCUGCUGUAUGGCACCGAAGUGCACACAGACACCAACAAGAUUGAGGAGUUUCUGGAGGCCGUGCUGUGCCCUCCCAGGUACCCCAAGUUGGCAGCUCUGAACCCUGAAUCCAACACGGCUGGGCUGGACAUAUUUGCCAAAUUUUCCGCUUACAUCAAGAAUUCCAACCCAGCACUCAAUGACAAUCUGGAGAAGGGGCUCCUGAAAGCCCUGAAAGUUUUAGACAAUUACUUGACAUCCCCCCUCCCAGAAGAAGUGGAUGAGACCAGUGCUGAGGAUGAGGGUAUCUCUCAGAGGAAGUUUCUGGAUGGCAAUGAGCUCACUCUGGCUGACUGCAACCUGUUGCCAAAGCUCCACAUAGUGCAGGUGGUAUGUAAGAAGUACAGGGGAUUCUCCAUCCCAGAGGUGUUCCGCGGAGUGCAUCGAUACUUGCGCAAUGCCUAUGCUCGGGAAGAGUUUGCCUCCACCUGUCCAGAUGAUGAGGAGAUCGAGCUGGCUUACGAGCAAGUGGCCAAGGCCCUCAAAUAAGCCCCUCCUGGGGCUCUGUGUCCCCCCUCUAUUUUCUCCACAAAGGCACCAGGUGGUUUCCACGUGGCUACCCAAUGGACACACUCCAAAAUGGCCAGUGGGCAGAGAAUCCUGGAGCACUUGUGUAGGGCUGACUGGGGGGCUGAGGGGAAAGAUGGGGAAUCUAGGUAAGAUUUUUAUUGUGUGGGGGUGUGGGUAGGACAAUGUAUUUCAGUAAUAAAAUACAGAAUGAAAA